CCUUGGUUUGGAAUCGGUAGCCAUGAAGAUCUCUGGAGUAUUAGGAGUGCUCUUCACUCUUUUUGUCUUGAUCCAUGGUCAAGAGAAUUUUCGUAUAACCUGUACCGAAUCCUGGCUCCAGGUCCAGCUGAGACGAUUACCGAUAGUGCCUAAUCUGCAAGUUCAGCCCAAUGAACUCUAUUUAGGAACCGGCUGUCCUGUCAACCUAAUUGAUCACAAUUUCUUUGAGUUCCUUUAUCUUGUUAUUUAUUGCGGCAUCAGGAUUAAUGAACAACCAUUAGGUACUAUCAUUGAAAGUUUCAUCACAUAUGAACCGGCAGCAUUAGAUAUUACCUACUACAUCCCAGUAUCGUGCUAUGUUCAACGAGGUUUUCCAAUACUUUGGGCAUUGAAAACGAGAGAGUAUAACCGUGCAGCCCAAAGGUCAUUGGGACAGAAAUGCUGAAUGUCAUGUCAAGUUGGAAACUUGGUAAUUCAUCAGGAUCUGUUCUUCCUUGUUGGAUUGCAGUAAUUUUAUCCCUUCCUGUGGAGUGCAGUAAUUAAGCUACAGACCAUGGUGCUCUGACUGCUUGAGGAUUCCCUGCCUUUUAGAGAUUGGACUAUGCCUAUGGAUAUCAUCUUUUACCAUUUCAACAUGAUCUUUUUAAAUGAUAAACUUGCUCUGCCACCUAUAUUUAUGAACUCCUUGGGUGGGGGGAAAAAGCCUUCUCAGAUUUUAAGUGUAAAAA